AUGGCGGUCAUCGGCAUAGACCUUGGGAGCCUUAACAGCGUUAUGGCGACCAUCCAGCGAGGAACUGUCUCUGUCGUGACGACAGAGCUCUCAGAUCGCGUCACGCCCUCUCUCGUGGGCUUCACAGACGACCAGAGACUUCUCGGCGACCACGCCCUCGCGCAGAUGAAGAGCAAUGCAAAAAACACUUGCCGGUACUUCAGAAACGUCUUGGGCGAGAUCUACGAUCCCUCCAGCUCGCAUCUGAAGAAGGAAUUCGACCUCUCUCUGCAAAACAUGACGCCUCUCCCGCCCAACAACAUCAUGGGCUACCGGGUACACUAUCGCGGCCAGGAGAUGGAGAUCUCUGCCGAGCGCGUGGCGGCGGCCUUCUUGACCAAACUGCGACAGGUGGCGGAGUCGAGCCUGCAAAAGGCAGUCAGCGAAGUCGUCAUCGCCUGCCCGCCGUGGUUCCGCGACGCGAACCGCUCGGCGCUCCUCGACGCUGCGCAGAUCGCGGGCCUGAAGUGCCUCAGAGUCAUCUCUGACAUGGCUGCGACCUGCCUGGACUACGGCAUGUAUCGCCGCCAGCACUUUGCUGCGGAUCGCCCGCACAUCGUCGCGUUCGUCGGAGUCGGGCACUCCUGCGCUUCCGCAUGUAUCGCGGCCUUCUGGGCAGACCGCAUGCGGAUCCUCGCCGAAGUCUCGGAUCCCGAGCUCGGCGGCCGCGACAUGGACUACGAGAUCGUGCGCCACUUCGCGACGGCCUUCGAGAACAAAACCAAAUUGAAUCCGCUCGCCAGCCUCAAGGCACGCCUGAAGCUCGAAGACCAGGCCAACAAGGCGAAAAAGAUCCUCUCCGCGAACUCAGAGACCUCCUUCCACGUCGAGUGCUUGAUGGAGGACGAAGACUGCUCGGGUCUGCUGACCCGCGACGCCUUUGAGGAACUCUGCGCCCAGAGACUUGUUCCCCGCCUCGAGGCGCUGCUCCAGGCUGCGCUGGACAAAAGCGGCCUGAAGAAGGAAGACCUCAUGAGCGUCGAGAUCGUCGGCGGCGGCACCCGCAUUCCCUGGGUUCAGCGCUGCAUCACGAACACAUACGGCUUGGAGCUCUCUCGCACGCUCGCUGCGGACGAAACUGUCGCGAGGGGCUGCGCGCUCCAGGCGGCGAUGGCUUCUUCGAGCUUCAAGGUCAAGGAAUACGGCUUCGGCGAGCGCACGCUGCACCCGAUCUGCCUCACGUGGGCGGAGGGUGAGCAGCCCGUCGCAGUCCAGCCGCUGUCGUCGUCGGGGCAUCCGCUGCAGGACUCCGCCGAAGUCGCCGGCGGCGUGGAGACGAUCCAAGGCCAGGCGCCGAGCGGCGAGCCGUGUAUCUUGAUCCCCGCCGGCAGCGACACUAACACGAUUCGGAAAAUCACCUUCCUCCGCAACGGUCCCUUCACGCUCAAGGCGCAGUACGCUGACCUGCCUGCAGGCUCCCCCGCGGCGCAGCUCGACGCUUGCCACGUGUCGCUGACGCCUGCGGCGGAGCCCCAGGAGAUUCAGAUUUUCGUGCAUCUGAACUACUGCGGGUUGCUGCGUUUCGCGCGCGUGUGCGUGAAGCAGAAGCGCGAGGAGGAGGAGGUGGUGCAGAAGGACGCAGCUACGUCUGCGUCUUCGCCGGCGGGCGCGGAGGGCGCGGCGGCUGCGGAGGCGGAGAAAAUGCGGCAGACCGAGGUCCGGCGAGUGGUGCGGACGGUGAAGAUCGACGUGCCUUACCAAGUUCAGGAGGCCCCCAGUCGCCCGACGACUUUGCAGCUGCGUGACUUCCGCGAGGACGAGCUCAACAUGGACAACGAAGACCGCAUGACACGCGACAAGAUGGAUAAGCUGAACGAACUCGAGAGCUACCUCUACACGCUCCGCGACGACAUCGACGACAGGCUGCGAGAGUUCGCGGCCGCAGACGAACGCGACCGCAUCCAGGCGCAGCUCGAGGCCACGCAGACCUGGCUGGAUGACGUCUUCUGCGACACCAAGAGCGUCGCGAAGAGCGCCGUCGUCACCAAACUCGAAGAACUCCACGAAAUGGGCGACAGAGUCACGCGGAGGUUCGAGGAAUUCAAUCAACGCAAAGAGGCCGAGCAGCUCCUCCACACCGCCGUCUCGGAGAGCCGCUUGGCGGCCCAGAGCCACGACGAGGCUUACGCGCACAUUCCCACUGAGGAGAAGAGGAAAGUCAUGGAGAUGGCGGACGAAACCGAGGCCUGGCUCUCUGAGAUGAUGGCUAAGCAGAACGGCAUGGCGCUGUAUCUCGACCCCAUCCUCACGGUGAAGGAAAUGCACAAGAAGAGAGAUGCCCUAAUGCGCUUCUCCCACAAAGUCUUCGCGACCCCGAAGCCGAAGCCGGCUCCGCCCCAAGAGCCCGCGGGCUCUCAACAGGACGUUGACAUGAGCGCGGGCGAGGAGAAGGCUGGAGGCGAGCAAUCGGACGCUGCGCCGCCGCAGGGAGGCGAGUCCGAGGCUGCCCAGCAUCCUCCGCAGCCGGCGGCUUAG